UCCCAUAUUCACAUUAGAUGAAAUCAAAAGAUUUAUUAAAGACUGCUUUAUGUCGCUUGGCACAGAAGAAAAGCAUGCACAAACGAUGGCAAAUACCCUAGCGGAAGCUGACUAUAGGGGUCGUUACAGACAUGGAUUGACUUCAUUAGAAAUGAUUCUAGAAGAUGUUGAUAUAGGAGCAUGCAGACCUGACUACAAACCAAAGAUUCUGAAGGAAACACCUGCAAUAGCAUGGGUCGAUGGCGCAAUGAAUUUAGGUCCUGUUGUAGGAAAUUUUUGUAUGGAUAUUGCAAUAAAGAAAGCUAAAGAAGUCGGUAUCGGAUGGGUUACGUGUAAACAUUCAAAUGAUUAUGGUUUAUCAACAUGUUAUGCACUACGGGCAUACAAUGUCGGAUUUAUUGGAUUCGCUUGUUCUAACUCGCCAGCAAUGGUUGUUCCAACCAGAGGGAAAAAACCUGUAUUAGGUCCGAAUCCAAUAUGCCUUGCAGCGCCCAGUAAAAGGGAAGAAGAAGGUGUCAUUAUGGAUAUGACCACCAGUACCGUUGACUGGGCAGAGAUAGAUCAGUACAAGAUAAAGGGCCAAGAACUUCCAAAAGGAUGGGCUGCAACUAAAGAUGGCACUGAAACGACUGAUAUUUCACAGGCAACGUAUUUAUUGCCCUUAGGAGGUACCGAAGAUCGGUCGGGAUACAAAGGUUACAACUUCAUUCUCAUGGUAGAAAUUCUAUGCGGAAUUCUUGGCGGAGGUAAGUUUGGACCUUACGUUAAAGAAACCCAUAGCGCCCGAGAUCCUGCGAACCUGUGUCAUACUUUUUUCGCCUUGGACCCCGCAAAAUUUAAUCCUGCGUUUAAACUUCAUAUGCAGGAUUUGACAGCAGCUCUAAGAUCUACCGAUUCUGUUACUCCUGACACUCCGGUGUGGAUUGCUGGAGAUCCAGAGAGGAUGCACAUGAAAGCAGUAAAAGAAGCCGGCGGAAUACGUUAUUCAAAAAAAAAUUUGCAAACUUUUGAAGAAAUCGCUUUUAAAUACGGUGUGACGCCAUUGAAAGCAAAAGACUCCUGUUAUUUCCCUUCAUAAUGUAUAUACUUAUUACUUUUCAUAAUUUACCUACUUAAUAUACUUUAUAUGUAUAUAUAAUUUUUCAA